AUGGCUGAAAUUGUACAAAAUCCAAAUCUUGGUACUCGUCGAAAAUUAGAAUUACUUUUACAAGAAAUGGAUACAAUAUGUCGUGAAAUAAUUUCACAAUUGUAUAAUUCAUCAUCAUCAUCAUCAACAACAACAACAACGAAUAAUAAUAGUAAUCUUGAUACACAAGCAUUAAUUGAUAUGUUUAUUGAACGACAAAAUUAUUUAACAGAACAAAUACAAAUUGUACGUGAACAACAAGAAUUAGAACGACAAUUACAAAUAAAACGUGAUGAAAUUCUUAAAUGUGAUCGUGCAUUACGUUGUUUACAAACAUAUUUAUUACAAGCUGUACAAGUACUUUCAUCAGCUGUUUAUCAAGCACGUGAAAAAUUAUCAAAUAUACGUCGUGCUAAAACAUUUCCAUCAGAAACAAUUAUUCGUUAUGCACAUCAAUUAGCAUCAUGUUAUUCAACAAUAGCACCAGAUAAUUGGCAACAAGGAGAUAUUCGACGACCAUACCCAACAAAUAUUGCUAUGAAUCGUGGUCUUCUUGGCCGUUUAAGUGAACAAAUAUUACAACAACAACAACAGCAACAACAACAAUUAAAUAUACAAAAUUCAACAAUAAAUACAACAACAGUUGUUAAUUCAUCUGCACAACCAAGUACAUCUGCAUCGUAUACUGCUGUUACAACAGCUGUACGACCACCAAAACAUGAUACAACAUCAUUUGCAUCAGAUAUUUUUUCUACAUUAAAUGAAGAAACAAAUACAACAAAUUUGUCAUCGAGUGAUACAGAUUCCGAUGAUGAUUUGUUAUAA